CUUUCCUGACACUCGGCGGCGCGUUGUCAGGACCAACAAGAAGCCGGGAGCUCUGCGGCUAACAGGUCCCCUCCUGGCCAGCCUCUCACCACACACACUCCGUCCUCCAACACACACUCAUACCCUCACCUCAGGGACGCCAAACACACCCAGCCCGCGUCAUUCGUCUUAACACAGUUCUCCACUCACAAACCUGCACACUUUCCACAAACACACACUCGUCCGGUUUCUCACCAGCAGCAUCAUGCUGAGCCAGGACUUCCUGCAGAAGCUGAAGUUGCCAGAUCUUGAUAAUGUCAGCCAGUACAUCAGGAAUGUCUCCACCCCGGUGCUGGUCAGCGUGGGGGCAGUGGCUGCUGCGACCACCUACUACCUGGCAACACGGCCCAAGGCCCUCCCACCUGUUUGCGACCUCUGUAUGCAGUCAGUUGAGGUUCCGGGUGGAGAGUUGGCACGCCGGUCAGUUCUGUUGAACGGAGAAGCUCACAUGUCACAUUUUUACAACGACGCCAGAACAAUGUAUGAGUGCUUCCUCAGAGGGGUCCGAGUCUCCAAUAACGGCCCCUGUCUGGGCUCCAGGAAGCCAAAACAGCCGUAUGAGUGGAUUUCCUACAGAGAGGUAAUGCAGCGAACGGAGAAUCUGGGUUCAGCAUUUCUUCACAAAGGACACUCCAAGACCGUGGACCCCCACGUUGGCAUCUUCUCCCAGAACAGACCCGAGUGGACCAUCAGUGAGCUGGCAUGUUACACCUAUUCUUUGGUGUCAGUCCCGCUGUACGACACACUGGGAACAGAAGCCAUCUCCUACAUUAUAGACAAAGCUUCCAUCUCAACCAUCGUGUGCGACGUGGAGGACAAAGCCAACCUGGUGCUGGACUGUGUCCGGCACAGGACGCACUCAGUGAAAAACAUCGUUCUGAUGGAGACCCCCAGUGUGGACCUGGUCCACAGGGGGCAGCGGGCUGGAAUCCACAUCCUCAGCCUGCAGGAGAUGGAGGCCAUCGGGAAGGCCAACCAUCAGCGGCCAUUGCCGCCGCAACCGGAGGACAUGGCUCUCAUCUGCUUCACCAGCGGAACAACAGGAAACCCAAAGGGAGCUAUGUUGACACAUAGAAAUGUUGUGUCCAACUGCUCGGCCUUCAUCAGGAUGACGGAGUCGUACGCUAAGACCACCUCCGAUGAUGUCAUGCUGUCUUUUCUGCCACUGGCCCACAUGUUUGAGAGGGUGGUGGAGGGAGUGAUGCUAGUGCAUGGAGCCAGGAUUGGCUUUUUCCAGGGAGACAUUCGCCUGCUGUCAGAUGACCUGAACACACUGAAGCCCACUGUGUUUCCUGUGGUUCCUCGACUGCUGAACAGAAUGUAUGAUAAGAUCUUUGGGCAGGCCAACAGCUCCCUGAAGCGCUGGCUGCUGGGAUUCGCCUACAGGAGGAAGGAGGCGGAGAUGAGGAGAGGCAUCGUGAGGAGAGACAGCAUCUGGGAUCAACUCAUCUUCCGGAAGGUCCAGGCCAGCCUCGGAGGUCGCGUGCGUCUCAUGCUGACAGGAGCUGCUCCCAUCUCCCCGACUGUCCUCACCUUCCUCAGAGCUGCAAUAGGCUGUCAGUUCUAUGAAGGUUACGGACAAACCGAGUGUACUGCUGGAUGCACCAUGACCAUGCCCGGAGAAUGGAACGCAGGUCACGUCGGAGCCCCUCUGCCCUGUAACUCCAUUAAACUGGUGGACGUGCCCGAGAUGAAAUACCUGGCUGUAAAUGGGGAGGGAGAGGUGUGUGUGAAGGGUCCUAACGUGUUCCAGGGCUACCUGAAAGACACCGAGAAGACUGCGGAGGCCAUUGAUGCAGAUGGGUGGCUUCACACGGGAGACAUUGGAAAAUGGCUUCCUAAUGGCACGCUGCGGAUCGUGGACAGGAAGAAGCACAUCUUCAAGCUGGCACAGGGAGAGUACAUCGCUCCCGAAAAGAUAGAGAACAUGUACAUCAGGAGCGAUGCUGUGGCGCAGGUCUUUGUGCAUGGAGACAGUCUGCAGGCAUGUCUGGUAGCAGUGGUGGUUCCUGACCCUGACUUCCUGUCUAGCUGGGCCAAGAGGACCCUGGGACUGGAGGGCAGCUACCGGGAGCUAUGUGGCAGAGCGGAAGUCAAGGCGGCCAUCUUGGAGGACAUGGUGCGAUUGGGCAAGGAAGGAGGCCUCAAGUCCUUCGAGCAGGUGAGGUCCAUCUACAUCCAGACCCAGCUGUUCUCCAUCGAGAACGGCCUGCUCACUCCAACGCUGAAGGCCAAGAGGAACGAAAUGCGGCAGUACUUCAAAGCCCAGAUCGACGAGCUGUACGCUGGGAUCAAAAUGUGAACAGGAGGGCACAGAGGAGGAACAGAGACGCAGUCGACUAAAGGGGUUUUUGGGAGAGUGGAAGACGGCAGCACAAGCUACAGUCCACACAGGGAAACAAACGAUCCUCUCAGACCACAAGGAGCGUGUUUCGUCCUCUUGGCCCGUAACACUGGAAACAACAGCAACAGGAAGCGCCGUAGCUUUUAAUGGAACUUGAUUCAGAGCAUCUAGAACAAAAUCAAUGGCCUCUGAAGGUCCAGAUUAAUUCUAUGCUGAAAAUAAAUGCGUCUAUUGAUGAAAUAGUUUUUGCCCAUGCUAUGUACAGUACUAGAUGCUGUGAUAACGUGUUGAUUCUAAUCAGCUGUUUUGAGAUCAUAUUUGAUGGAUGGUUUUAAAGGGAAAUAUUAAAGUGCAGCUCUGUAGCAUCUCAGGACUUUACUGCCAGGAACAACACACAGUACCUCCUACACACACACACACACACACACACACCUUUUUAUUUAAAGGUUGGGAGAGGACUGACCACUGAAACGGGUUAGCUGAGGCUUUAAUUUGGUUGAGGGGCCCACGUUGAUCCAAACGGCUCUACACUUCAACAUUUCAGUGUGUUGGGUGAGAUUUUUUUUUUCUCCGAUUUUUUGGAUCUUACUAAGAUCCAUUCAUGAAUACGUUUGGGUCCAAUUAGGAGCUUGGGAACCAGCCGAGAGAGCCAUAUUAAAGAUAAUCUAAACAACGGCAGCUGGAAAAAGGGAAUUCAUUCAGGUACUGAAGAACACUCCGGACAAAGGGACAGUGUUUUUAAUUUAUUUAUGGUAACAUGAAGGGAAGAGAUUUGAAGGAAUCAGUUUACUUAAAUUAUUAGUAUACGCUGAAGAAGGGUGGAACUUCAAAAUGACAUUGUUCACAACCUGAAUGUUAAAGUAUAAAAAUGUUGGAUGUACUUUUGACUAUGGUCUUGCUAUAACUGUUUGUACUAUCAUCUCAGAUUGGUUUUGUAAAGAUUUUAAUUAAAAUUCAUCAAGACA